UUUGUGAGGGUCCUGUCUAUAAAUACCCCCCCAACUUACCGAGUGACUGACAGCCACGGACAGCUGCAGCCACCAGCCGACCAACCCGUGGAGACUACAGAGCGAUCUGAGCAGCCCUGUGCACGCUGACAGUCCCUGCUCCGUAGUGGGGAGUGAGGAAGCGUGCCCACGAAACCCAACCGGGACAAGGAGACAGAAUAAGAUGGCUGCCAUGGCUAUAGACCCGGUGGAGCAGCCUCGGAUGUACCAACAGACUCUGCUUCAGGACGGACUGUGUGACCUAUUGGAGAAUGACAAGUUUGUGGACUGCGUCCUCCAAAUCCAGGAGCAGAAGUUCCCGUGCCACCGCCUGGUUUUGGCUGCCAGCAGCCCCUUCUUCAAGGCCAUGUUCCUGUCCGACCUGGAGGAGAGCAAGAAGCACGAGAUUGUCCUCAAGGACGUGGAGCCACGUGUUAUGGGGAUGAUCCUGCGCUACUUGUACACCUCGGAUAUUAAUCUGACAGAGCAGAACGUCCAGGAUAUCUUCAUGGUUGCUAACAUGUACCAGAUCCCCUCCAUCUUCUCUGUGUGCGUGUCCUACCUCCAAGAGAAGCUGGUACUGGGGAACUGCUUGGCCAUCUUCAGGCUGGGAACGCUGCUGGAUUGUCCCCGGCUCGCUCUGGCUGCCAAAGAGUUCAUCUGCGAGCGCUACCAGAUGGUCGUCAGGGACCAGGACUUCCUGCAGCUGGGUCCGAGCGAGCUGGGCAUCAUCAUCACCUCAGACGCCCUCAACAUUGAGCGAGAGGAGCUGGUGUUCGAAUCCCUGAUGGACUGGGUCAAACAUGACGAGACAAACCGCGUUAAGGACCUGCCGGAGCUGUUGCACUGCGUCCGUUUCAGGCUCAUACCGUUGGAUUACUUCAAAGAGAAAGUGGAGCGCCACCAGUUCCUCCGGUUCAGCCAGGACAUCAAGAAGGAGCUGGAUCUCGUCAAGGAUGCUCACCAGGGGCGCCUCCCAAAGCCCAGGAAGCAAGGCAGCGACGGGGCAAAGGGGGGAGAAGGAAGUGAGGAGGAGGAUGAGGACGAUGAGGAAGAAGGGUACUUGCCGGGUAUACUCAACAACAACCCUCGAUUUGGGAUGUUUGAGCUGGACCUGAUACUUAUGAUCAACGACACAGGGACUGUGGCCUAUGACCCGCCAGGGAAUGAAUGCUUUGUGGUCUCAGAGUCGACAGGAAUUCCCAAGAACCACUGCAGCCUCGUGACCAAGGAGAACCAGGUGUUUGUGGUCGGAGGACUUAUCUACAACGAGGAGGACAAAGACGAGCCAUUCAGCUCUUACUUCCUGCAGUUUGACCCAGUGAGUUCAGAGUGGUUAGGGAUGCCCUCACAGCCCAACCCUCGCUGUCUGUUCGGCCUGGCCGAAGCUGAAAACUCCAUCUUUGUUGUUGGAGGAAAGGAGGUGAAGGAAGGCGAGCACGUCCUGGACUCAGUCAUCAUCUAUGACAGACAGUCAUUCAAAUGGGGAGAGUCUGACCCUCUGCCUUAUGCAGUGUACGGCCAUGGAACCGUAUCACACAAAGGUCUCGUCUACGUCAUUGGAGGAAAAUCUGAAAGCAAGAAAUGUAUGAAAAGAGUCUGUGUCUACAACCCUACUAAGUUUGAGUGGAAGGACCUGGCUCCUCUGACGACGGCCCGCUCCCUGUUUGGUAUCACCGUCCACGAAGACCAGAUCUACGUGAUGACGGGGGUCACAGACACAGGCCUCACCAGCUCUGUGGAGGUGUAUGACAUCGCCACCAACAAGUGGUCUGAGUUCACAGAGUUCCCUCAGGAGCGCAGCUCUCUCAGCCUGAUCUCGAUGGGAGGUUUCCUGUAUGCUGUGGGGGGCUUUUCCAUGAUGCCCAGUGAAACCAGUGAGGAGCCCGUCCCAACAGAGAUGACUGACAUCUGGAGAUACGAUGAGUCAGACCAGUGCUGGAAUGGGAUUUUGCGAGAGAUCAGCUACGCAGAGGGAUCCACUAUUCUUCCAGCGCGUCUCAACACUCUGCGCCUCACCAAGUUAUAACUGCUGGUGGUGCCGUGAGGUUAAUGAAGUAACAUUAGCAUUCAAAAUUGGCCCAAAAUUGGCUUAGGAUACAGAAUGUUUCACAAAUGAAUUUGGUCUCUGAAGAUGAAAAAGUGUUUUUCCUUAUGUUUUACAGCAGAGGGAGACAGGUACAUGUUGAGUCUAAGUGAGGGGACAUGAGAAUCACACCAAAUAUAUUUUAUGAAAAGCUCAAAUGUUGAUUUGUACAUCUGUUUUUUUGUUGUUAUAUUAUUCCAUAAAGUUUCUUUAAUACCUGUUUGCUUUAUUUAAAGCAGAAAUAAAGAUGAUGGUUGACUGUA